CUUAAUUACUGAAUUGUAUAAUAAGAUACUUAUUUUCGUUUCUUACGCAAUAUAUGUAGUUUAAGCGUUGCUAUAGUAUCCGUUUACAUGGUAACCUAGUAAAACCUAUGCAAACAAUAAAUUGAAAAUAUAUUGAGUGUGCAAUUUCGGAAAAAAAAUGGUUUUAGAUAAAGCUACAACAUAUAUGACAAAUAUGAUUUUUCCUGGUAAAAGAGUUCUUUCCAAUUUACCCUUACAGAUGGGUCUAUACUUCAACGUCGUUCUUAUACCAGUUUGGAUAAUCUUUAUUUUUUUAUUUAUAAACAAAAAUUACUGGCAUUAUGAUGAGCUAUACAGAUACUUAUCAUUAACCGUUGUAUGCAUAGUAGUAUGUGUAGAAAUGUUGAGGCUUUAUCUAGGAUAUGAAGGAAAUCUAAAGGAUAAGAUACCGGAAUUAGCUGGAUUUUGGAUGCUCUCAGUAUUGCUCCAGUUUCCUCUUCAAGGAUUCCUUUUAUUUAAUCCCUAUUUCCAAAUGUGUGUAACAGAGAUUGUAGUACAAAGUAUUAUGUUCAUCUUACUAUGCAUACAGCUUGUCUCAGGUUACUGUGCGUUAAAAUAUACUCUUACCGAACAAUCUAAAAUGGUCCAGUCAAGGAAAUCAGAAGAAAAAUGUAGAUGUCAAAAAGAAAAAUAAAACCCAUUAAUAAAUACGGAGUU